UCCUGAUUGCGGUUGAAAGUUGAUGGGCCAGAGGAUUUGGGCCAAUCUACAAACCGGCUCAAUAGAUACUCGUUACGAAAACGCAGGUAGUUGCUAUCGGAGACAAGCAGUUAUCGCAGCGAAGACAGUGUAGUGUGUUAGUGGGCAAUGGCGGAACCUGUCGCCAACACCCAACUCUCUCCCUCGAAAACCCUAGACUCAACUAACGGUCAUGAUUCUACUUUGGAACCGAAUCAAAUGCUUCCACACGACGCUCAACUCAAUCACGAAAACGACGGCGUCGUUUCGACGAGGAAACGGAGUAGGGAAGACGACGACGGCGAGGAGCGAUCGCUUCAUCCCAUGUGGAAGACCAGCCUCUGCUCCUACUACAGGAGCCACAACAACUCAUGCAACCACGGCGACACGUGCCGCUAUGCGCACGGCGAGGAGGAACUCCGCCCUCGCCCCGAUAACACAUGGGACCCGACCUCCGAGCGCGCGAAGAAGGCAUUAAAGACAGAGACGGGCGAAAAGUGCUCCGUCUCGGAGGACGUGAUGAUGACGGAGGCUGUUGUCGACGGCGACGAUUACGAUUCCAAUCACGCGCUUAGCAAAUGCUUGGUGCAUUUGCCGCGUAAGUGGAGUUCCGAGGAUUUGAGGAAUUUUCUCAGCGAACAGGGUAUAGCUUUUAAGCAUGCUAAGAAAAAGAAAGGUAUGAUGAUUGGUUUUGUUACCUUUGAAGAUGAAGAACAAUUGAAGAGUUCAUCAAAGGAUUUAGAAGGAAAAACAAUUGGCAACAAAACGGUAAAGGUUGCUGAUGUCAUUCCUCGGUCAUUUCAAAAGAAAAGUAACUCCAGUGUUGCUUCCAAUCAAGAAUUGGAUGAAGGAGACGAUCCUUCGAGUGGAGCUUUGGAUGCUGAAACAAACAACGACAAGUUGUCUGUUGAUGGUUCUUUGUCUAAGACAAGAAAUUUGCGUGAUGUAGUGACUCCCCUGGCUCACAUCACCUACGAUGAUCAGUUGGAGCAGAAAAAAGCCUCUCUCAUGCAGAUUCUCAAAAAGCUUACCAGAAAUGCUCGCAAAGCUUGUCCAAAUGGGGUUUCUCUUCCUGAGUGGAUUCUCAAGUCGAGGGAAAUAGGUGGUCUUCCGUGCAAACUAGAAGGUAUUAUUGCAUCUCCAAUUGUAAAUGGAUACCGGAACAAGUGUGAAUUCUCUGUUGGAUAUUCUCUGGAAGGCAAUGUGACUGUAGGUUUCAUGCUGGGAAACUUCAGGGAAGGUGUAACAGCGGUCGAGGAAGCAACCGAGUGCCCAAAUGUUUCAACAAUUGCUUGCAAAUAUGCUACAAUGUUUCAGGAAUUUCUGCAGCAUAGUGAUUUACCAGUUUGGAACAGAUUUAAAAAUACUGGAUUUUGGCGUCAAUUGACGGUCCGAGAAGGCAGAACAAAUGGGAAUACUGAUCAUGCUGAAACUUUUGGUGGCAUUGCAGAGGUCAUGCUUAUUGUGCAGGUUUCUACUGCAAACUUUGAUGAUGCAUUAGUAGCUUCUGAAUUUAAGAGGCUUGCUCACGCAUUUGUUGCUGGAGCUACUUCGCAUUGUCCAACAUUACCCCUCACGGCUCUGUUUGUUCAGGAUCACCAAGGAAUAUCCAAUGUGGCACCUGCUGAUGCACCACUGCAUUUGCUACCACUUCCUAAAGCAGGUGGGGAUCCUGAGAUCAAUGAAAACAAUAAUGCCAUGGAUGUAAGAAUCCAUGAUUAUAUCAACAAUCUCCGGUUCUCUAUAUCUCCAACCGCAUUUUUCCAGGUUAACACUCUUGCUGCUGAGAAGUUGUACUCACUUGCUGGAGAUUGGGCAUGCUUAGGUCCUGAUACACUACUAUUCGAUGUAUGCUGUGGGACAGGAACAAUUGGCCUGACAUUAGCACAUCGAGUUGGUAUGGUGAUUGGAAUUGAAAUGAAUGCUUCUGCAGUGUCUGAUGCCCAUAGGAACGCUGAGAUUAAUGGCAUAAAAAACAUUAGAUUUAUAUGUUCUAAGGCAGAGGACGUGAUGGGAUCUCUGUUAAGGGAAUACCUCAAUAUGACUAAGAAGCAGGAUGAUUCUAAUACCCCUAAAAAUGGCAAUGACAUUCCUGAGGAUAGUGCCUGCCCAGAGGCUGAAAAGGGAGAAAUGACAUGUGAUUGUCCAGAAAAUAACAAUGCAGAAGUUGGAAGUGAAGUUCAGAACGGUGGCACUUCUGAACAAGUUGACGGGAUAUCUGAACAGACAGAGAACGUGACAGGAUCUCAGUUAAGGGAUGAUGGAAAUGUGCCUAAGGAACAAAGUGACGAUCCAAAUGUCUGUGGAGGUGGCAAUGACAUUCCUGGGGAUAGUACCUGCUCAAGGCCUGAAACCAGUGAUAUGACGCCUCGUUCAGAAAAUAACAAUGCAGAAGUUGGAAGUGAAAUUCGGAAGGGUAAUUCUUCUGAAAAUGGGAACACUUCCAUGCAACAGUUCAAAAAUGUCGUUGCCAUUGUUGAUCCUCCACGUGCUGGACUUCAUCCAACUGUAAUUAAAGCUUUGAGAACUCAUCCACGCUUGCGGAGACUUGUUUACAUAUCCUGCAAUCCUGAAAGUCUGGUGGCAAAUGCUAUUGAGCUUUGUACGCCAUCUCCCGCAAAAAUUGAGAAAGGUAAUAAAGACAACAGAGGAUGGAGAAACAUGAGCAGUGCUGGUCUAGCACGGCACAGGGCCAAGUCUAUGCCCAUCUCAGAGGCCUUCCAUCCCGUAAAGGCUAUGGCUGUUGAUCUUUUUCCCCAUACUCCACACUGUGAGUUGGUUAUGCUUCUUGAGAGAUAGACCAUAGUUGUGGACCAGACACCAAACUCUCGUUUAAUUUUUACUUUAUAUGCUAGCCUAACAAAUUUCUUUUUUAUACUUUUUUUUUUUGGCUGUGGAAUUAGUGCUUAUUCUGAUUUUCAAACAGAAUUAUGUUCAGGCACGACCUUGGAUAUUCAGUUGUUACGUUAUUUCCUUUUCUUAUCAUGAAGAAUUAUGUCUUGUCUUUUUCUUA